AUGUCUUUCCGCCGGCGGAAUGUUGGACUAUCAGGAUCUUCUGGAUCAUCGGCUGAGAAGGCGGCUAUCGUAAGUCAUACAAGACAGCUUGGAGGCGUACGACCGUCUCCAUUGGACGGCCGAUCAACCACAUCAAGUGGGACCCAGACGCUUGACGACCUUCUAGCUGGUCAUGCAGGUUUGCCCUUGGGCAAUAGUUUACUUCUUGAAGAGACUGGAACAACGGAUUUUGCGGGAGCUUUGCUUCGCUACUAUGCUGCAGAAGGUAUCUUGCAGGGUCAUCAGGUCCUUAUUAUCGGUGUGCCUGAGCAGUGGGCAAGGGAUCUGCCUGGCUUAGCGGAGGAUGGAGACUCCAUCGAGGCAUCACAACGCAAGCAUAGAACUAGCGAUACACAAGGCGAGAAAAUGAAGAUUGCGUGGCGAUACGAGAGGUUGGGAGAUUUCGGCGUUGGGUCAAGAGCCCCUCCAACACCCACUCGAACUCCCGUGACGUCUGCAUCAAACCAGAAAUCAAUGGCUGCACCCCCAUUGUUCUGCCACACCUUCGAUCUGACAAAGCGACUCACGUUUACACCUAUUCCGCCCAUCAGCUUCAUUCCUGUGCUGCCCGCAACCGAAUUUUCCAGAAAUCCCUUCGAUUCAAUCCUCGUCAAUCUCUCUAGGGUCCUGGAAUCCUCUCCACCAGAUACUGUUCAUCGUGUCAUUGUCCCUUCCCUUCUCUCACCAGCCAUUUACCCAGUUCAUGCAUGUCAACCGACGCACCUUCUUCCCUUUUUACGCAGCCUUCGCUCGCUCCUCAAGCAACCAUCCCAGAAUCUCACAGUCAUGCUUACUCUCCCUCUAUCUCUCUACCCACGUAGCACUGGCUUGAUGCGUUGGGUGGAGCAUAUGAUGGACGGUGUGUUGGAGCUUGCGCCCUUUCCCUACAGCGUUGACCUUGCCCUGCCUCCUCUGACGAAAUCUUCACCGUCCAACCCUACAACGCAGAAGACUGAGGAGAAGCCACAAGGGAUGCUGAGGAUCCAUAGGUUACCAGUUGUCACGGAAAAGGGUGGUGGAAGUGGUGGGGCUGGGCGAGAUCUCGCUUUUUCGCUCGGUAGGAAGCGAUUUGUGGUCGUGCCAUAUCAUUUACCGCCUGUAGAAGGAGACAGCGAAGGUCAGCAGGGUCAAGCUAAGGAAGAUACGGGGCUGGCAGCAAAGGCCAUUGAAUUUUAA